CAGUGCCCGGAUGUCUAGUUCGCCCGUCGUGUCGUUCCACCCUGUGUACGGUUGGUGCUCUUGGAAGACUUUUUUGCGAUCGACCCGCGGUUGCAGUGGGACUGCGAUGUGAUUGUCGCCUGGAGCAACUUGUGGGCAUCAACAGCGGGGAACGCAUUCUUCUCACGCGUCCCACUCGGAGUAUUUUCUUGGAUGUGAGAGAUCAGUCCUGGUGGCAGAUCUGGUGUCAGGACAGGAGUAGUAGCCUUCUGAGAAAUGGCGCAAUCAAGCUCAUCUAGUCUGGCAGGUUCCAAACCUGGGGACCCCUCAGCAGCUGCCAAACUGAAGCCCAAUUACUCCCUGAAGUUUACCCUUGCUGGCCACACCAAAGCUGUCUCGUCGGUCAAGUUCAGCCCCAAUGGAGAGUGGCUUGCCAGUUCUUCGGCUGACAAACUGAUCAAGAUUUGGGGUGCCUAUGACGGAAAGUUUGAGAAGACCAUCUCGGGGCACAAACUCGGAAUCUCUGAUGUUGCAUGGUCCACGGACAGCAGACUCUUGGUCAGCGCCUCAGAUGACAAAACACUGAAAAUCUGGGAAGUGAGCAGUGGCAAGUGCCUCAAGACUCUCAAGGGCCACAGCAACUAUGUCUUCUGUUGCAACUUCAACCCACAAUCUAACCUCAUAGUUUCCGGCUCGUUUGAUGAAAGUGUGCGCAUCUGGGACGUCAAAACUGGCAAGUGUCUCAAGACCCUGCCUGCCCACUCGGAUCCUGUGUCUGCUGUGCACUUCAACCGUGAUGGCUCGUUGAUAGUCUCCAGCAGCUAUGAUGGUCUCUGCCGCAUUUGGGACACAGCGUCAGGCCAGUGCUUGAAGACGCUGAUAGAUGACGACAACCCACCUGUGUCCUUUGUCAAGUUCUCACCAAAUGGCAAAUACAUCCUGGCAGCCACCCUAGACAACACACUAAAGUUAUGGGACUACAGCAAAGGAAAGUGUCUCAAGACAUAUACAGGACACAGGAAUGAAAAGUAUUGCAUCUUUGCCAACUUUUCUGUAACUGGUGGCAAGUGGAUUGUGUCUGGGUCGGAGGACAACUCUGUGUACAUCUGGAAUCUGCAGACCAAGGAAGUGAUGCAGAAGCUGCAAGGACAUACAGAUGUGGUCCUGUGUACGGCGUGCCAUCCGACAGAGAACAUCAUUGCUUCAGCCGCCCUGGAAAAUGACAAGACUAUAAAACUGUGGCGGAGUGACACAUAAGGGCCAUUUUUAAGUUUUUACUUGGCGCAGUGUUGCCAUUUCUCUCAUGGCUGUUUACUCCGUGUAUAAUAUCGAGCACCAUUAAAUUUUGGUGGCACUUUGCGAAAGCAAAGCUGUGUACAUUA